AUGGCUUCUAGUAAUCGGAAGAGGAGCGCCAGCGAUGACCUAGGCGAGGAGCAUACAACGCGUCGUAAAGUGGUGAAUGACGCCGAUGGAGUGGACAAAUUCACGGUUCAAGUGGCUCUUCGAUCGAAUUCAAAGGCGGAGCGAAACGAUCCCAAGCCUGCGGGAUACUGGAAAACAUGCUUCCAAGACGUAGCAAAGUCUCUUCGUGCAGAGAAAGCUGGAGAGUCAGUGGAUGCCAACCCCAUGACUAAGAGAACAGCCGAAGCUAGUCAAAACAUCAAGAGGAGGACGCGUUCCCCCUUGAUAUCCGCAAGCGAAGACGAAAGCUCUUCGCAAGAGGAGAUUUACUUUUCGUCCGAUGACGAGGGAACAUCUGAUCAAGCUUCAGAAGACGACGAGUUCGCUGAGUUCCGCUGGUUGGAGCAAAUGGACGGGACAGUUGAGGUGGCUGACCCAGCAAAUCCGAAUAAGCCUUUGCACGUGGGUUAUUGCAAUGCUAAACUCAUUCGUCGCCGACGCAUGCAGUCCUUCUACAGCGAUUUGGAGCAGCCAUCUCAAGAAACGAGCAAUCUGGCUUUCGAGCUUUUCGACCGAUAUGGCCGCUUGAAAAAGAUGUUCAAAGAACAGAUCAUCAAGAAAGGAUCCGGAAUCUGGGGUGACGAAUUUGAUCACGGCGAUCUCUUGCUGCUCGAAUAUAUUUCUAUACAAGAACCGUACCGACGCCAGGGACUCGGACAUAGGCUCGUCACAGCCGUCCUUGACGAAACUCGGGGCAAGUCAAAGAGCUUUUUUGCUGUUGUCGCUCCGGGCUGGCUCAAUGCCGUAGUCAAAACGGAGGCGAGAGGAAAGACUGAAGAGGAAACCGGGGAGAUUCAGCUUCGGCACCAACUAGCCGCAGAGCGAUUUUAUCGGUCAUUGGGCUUCCGGAGAGUGGGCUCCUCAGCCUGGCUUGCACUGGCAAGCAGCUCGGAGCAUCCAUGUCAUAAAUUAGACGCAGAUGCAGACUUCGAGCUGCCCACUCCUGCGCCGCGCCAGACCUCAUCAGAAACGUUAGAAGUCUACAAAGAUUGCAUCCGCUCAGCCGAUGGCGCUUGGCGUACGCGAUUGCAGGAAAAGCUUCAAGGGAAGGCCCAUGGCGACCCAGCCUGGCAUGCCGUAGACAACGAGGGCAAUUCCUUUCUUCAUUGCGCAGCAACUACGGCCAAGCCUCAAACGGUGUCGUGGCUUCUUCAAAAGAACCCAGAUCUUCAAAAUGUUCGGAAUGACAAAGGCGAGACAGCAUUAGACGCACUGGAGAUGUCCAAUGAGGAAUACAGAACCAAACGUGUACAUGCCAUGUUGACAUUGAGUGUCUCGGACAAAUUCAUGGGCUUUAGCGAAGACACAGUUCUAUGUCUUGCCAUGCUGAAGGGCCUGACUGCUAUCGACAGCAUGGAAAAGAUGCGCCUCAAGUAUGGCUGCACAUGUGGCAUAUGCGUUGGAGGAUUCUUCAGUCCUCGAAUGCGUUUCGCCCUUCGCAAUCAGGCUGAGUAUAUGCACGACAUCCUCGAUUUCUCUAUCGAUCAAGAUAUGACUGGGGGUGAUAUGUUUGUCGAAGAGCAUUCAGAAGAGCUUCGAUAUGUCCUACCUUAUGUCCGCGACAAUCUUAGGACAAACAAGUCAAUGCGUCAGGGAUUCUCAAAGCUAUUCACGCACUUUGCGACGGUUUUGCGCAUCGAACGUUCUCUGCCAACCGAAGCAGCCAUGCAUCAUCUGGUGAGGGAAGCGAACGAGUGGCCUCCGAAUUGUAAGAACUAUCUUCAACGGGGCGGCACUGUCUACGCAGUGGGUUCAAGCCUGUUCGAACAUGCCUUGGAGAGGGAUGAGAUCGUGGGAGAUGGUGACCCUAUGAUGAUGGACGAUGAUGAUGACACAUACGGUCUUGGGGCUGAGCUAGCAAGCUUACCCGUAUGCCGCAACGACCUUGAGUACGGCUUCGUGAGUGCGCAGCUAGGGUACAAGAUGGUGAGCCAGGAGUACUAUAACGUCGACUAG